UUUGAGUAAGCCCAGGUGUCUGAAUUUUUCUUAAAUAUAUGUGUGCCCAAAAAGCAUGGAAAGUGGGAGAGAAUCUAGAAAUUGUGAAAACGAAAAUUUCUUAUAAAAAAAAAAAUGCCAUGUCUUCCACAUCCUCCAUGCCCAGAAAAGAAAAAAAAAAGAAAAAAAAAUUUACAUUAAUUGAAAACAAAGCUAUAGAUGAAGCAAACUCUAAUAGAAUAAUGAGUGAGACCACAAAUUGACAAAUUUGAUGUCAUUGUUGUUGUUAAGGGAUUUUUUUUCCCCUUAUUUAUUAUUUAGAGAUCUCUUAUCUGGGAUGUGGGAUCUCUCUAUUUUCUUUUAUCAGAUACUGGCCCAGCAGAUUUGAAUUGCCCUUUCUUUUUUUUUUUUUUUUUUUCUAGAGUGACCAUGAUCUGAGAAUUUUCUUGUUUUUUUUUCUUCAAUGGCCGGUUUUCUCAGAUACCCAAUUCCUUGUUUAGGCUCCAGAAGGCCCUUUUUUUAAUAUUUUGGUUCAUUUAGAUCAUGGGUUGUUUUACUUCUUUUGUGUACCUUUUUUCUGUACUGCUACAGUGAAUUGUCAGGAAGCAUGUUGGAUUCUUGGUGGUUGUCAUUUUCUGUAUAAUUUGGUGAUUUUAUAAAGCAGUUUCUGAUAGGAAGGUUGGCAAAGAAUAUAAUUAUGAGGAAUGGGAACUGAAGUACAUUCAAACAUGCAGCUUCCUGGAUACUAUUCCUUGAGGAAUCUAAAUGGCAAUACUGGCAAUGUUGGCUGGCCUUUACAUCAUGAAGGCAGGAACUCAGGGCAGUACAAUGAUCUGUUCCUGACAAGGCUGGCUGUAGGAUAUGAUAAGGAACAAAUGAGGCAAACUAUCUUGAAGCAUGAUUCGAUAUUCAGGCAUCAGCUCCGUGAACUCCAUCGUCUUUACAGGAUACAGAGGGAUAUGAUGAAUGAAAUCAAGAGCAAAGAAGGAAACAAACAUUUGAUUCCUGGGGGUACAUCAGAGUCAAACCCUUUUUCAUCUAGCUUUAUGUCUGAGGAUGAACAGCAGAAGUGGCACACUUCGAAAUCAUAUUUGUUGGACUUAAAUCGUUUUAGAGUAUCUACUUCUGGUGCACAUAGCAUCCAGUCUCAGUUUAGUCCCUUGAAAGGGAAUGUUGUACAAUCUCGUGGCUGUUUGACUCAAAAUGGAUUAAAGUUGAAGAACUGUGAAACUUUGGAGUCUCAAUGUAACAAGGUUCAGACUAUGUUGUUUGACCUUGAAUGUCCAGCCCAAGAAUACAUUAACAAUGAAGAGGGAGGUCGAGGAGUUUCUGCAGUGCCAGGAUUGGAAAGUCACUAUUUAAAAAGGAGUAAUGAGAUUCCCCAUGAAAGGGAUCCGAUUUUAUCUAUGAACUGCGAUAGCAAUUAUAGUUUUAAUGGUGAAGCUACCAGUUUCAAUUUAAAUUUAAAGAGAACUCGUGGUUUCACUGAUUUGAAUGAACCUAUCCUGGUUGAAGAAGCAUCUACUUCAGCUUGUGCUAGAAUUCCAGGUGACAUUACUUGCUGCAGAGAGGAGGUCCAAAGGAAGGAUCUAUCAUCAAUUUCUAACUCACAUCGAGGCUUCCACCAAUGGGAUGCAGAAGUUUUCCAGGAACCCCACAAAACAAGAGAGAGGGGAGUCAAUCUUAACAUUCUGCAUUUGGAGGCUGAUCAAAGGAGGCAAAAUGGAUGGUUCUCAAAUAAAUUUGAAAAUGGACAAACUAGAAGCAACGGAAGUUUUCAUCCAGAAGAUUUGCAUACCCCAUGUAAGUCAGUGCAAGUUGAAACUACCAAGGCCAAUUCUGCAAUGUUUCUUUUAUCUGAUCAGAAUAAGAGAGAAGCAUUUAGAAAACAGAAAAUUUUUGGCGUAAAAAUACCUGAAAAGAGUGAUGUCACGUCUGCUGUUGCAUCACAUGCACUCGAUCCACUGCCUGUUCGUUCUCGGUCAGACACAACUAAUUCUGAGAUGCUCUCCUUUUCAACUUGUACUAAGUUUUCCGGUAACUUAAGCCAGAAUCUAUUAGGAAAUCCUGGCUCUCGGACCUAUGGCCAACUUAAUGCUUGUUCAACAGCCUUGGUUCAGGGUCAUGACAUUGUCAGGGGAAAGUUGCUUGCUGAUAGCAAUUCAAGAUCUCUUCCAAGUUUUAGAGCUGAAGUACCACCUCAAAAUGACUUUCACUCUGGCUGUCCAUCUGAUUCCAAGGAAUCACGUUGUUGCUGCUCAUCGGUCAGCUUCUGCAACCGAAAUGGCAUCAGUGAGAGUAUAUUUGCUUCUAAACAAUCUGCUCAACAUAGUCCUAAAAUUGGCUUCAAACUUUUACCAUGGAUGAUGGAGGCAAAGUCUUCAGUAGAUUUAAAUAUGCGUGCAAUGGCUGUGGAUGGUUAUCAGAAUGAAGAAAUUUCUCAGUCCAACUUUGUUUCUGUUAAUGGAUCAAUAAAGCAGAACUCAGAUGGAGGAUUGUCUUGGUUAAGAGCCACAAAUACGAAACCUGUCAAAGAAGUUGAAGGUUCUCUUCAAAUAAAUUUGGAUUCCUUGCAAAAUUGCACUCAGCAAUUUAUUGACAAAACUGCAAUGAGAAUCCAAGAUUCCUUGGCAGCAACUUGCGUUGAUGAUGCAAAGCACAAGAAAAGUGAUACUAGUUGCUCUUCAAGCAGUACAAAGCUUCUUGGAUUCUCCAUUUCUGAAAAUGUAUGCAGAGAUCUGCCUUCGCCCAACUCCCCCUUAAAGCCAGGCUCUCUUGCUUCUGCAAUUGAUGGUGUUAACUUUGUUAUGACUCAUGGUCCUCCGCCACCCAAAUGUGAACAGCAAUGUCUAGCUGAGAAGAGAUCAGUUAAUCAGAAUGCUGAUGUCAGACAGAUUGAUUUGAAUUUGUGUGUUAUUGAAGAAGGGAUAGAAGAAGAUGUUCAAUCAACAUCCUCUUCUAUGAGAACCAAUGUGAGGAUUGCCAAGACAGAUUUAGAGGUGCCACUGACCAUUGAAAUGGAAACUAAGGUUUCUUCUGGUUGUGAAUCUUUUGAAAGCAACCUUACAGAAUCUUCUACCUUGCUACAUGAUGAAAUCAGUGAGUCUCAAGGACUUUCGAGUGUUUCUGUGGCAGCUGAGGUACUGGUUGCCAUAUCAUCAUCCUGUGUGAUUAAUCUUCUGCAGAAUGCCGGCUCUCACCCAUUGGAGAUAUCAGCAAGUGAUUCCCUUCAUUGGUUUGCAGAGAUAGCUACUUCCAGCUGGAGUGAUACUGAGAAUGAUGUUGGAUCAGCCAAUGGUGCAUGCCUUGACGACUCAGCACCGGAUGGGAUUGAUAUUUUUGAGUUCAUGACAUUAAAUUUGUCAGAAACCAAAGUAGAGGAGUGUUGUUAUAAGCCUGAAGUUCAAGAUAACAAAAAAAGUGAAGACACACUUCCAAGACGGCCACGGAGAGGACAGGCAAGGCGAGGAAGGCAGCGGAAGGACUUUCAGAGAGAUGUACUUCCUAAUCUUACUUCUCUGUCGAGAAAUGAGGUGACUGAGGAUUUUCAGAUGAUUGAAGGGCUAAUUAGGGCAAUUGGUGGAAAUUGGCAGUCGAGUUUGACACAGAAGAAUAAUGCUAAGAGUAGGGGAAGGAAGCGAGCAGGGGGGUCUGCUCCUCCCACCACGACUGAAGACUGUUCGAACCAGCUUCUGCAAAUAAAAACAGGACUUGAAGAAAGAAGCCUAACAGGAUGGGGGAAGAGAACCAGGCGUCUGCCACGUCAGAGAAGCCUGAUUAGCAGCCCUCCUCUAGUUACAAAAUAAUGAAAGAAAGAUCAGUUUGUCAUUUCAGAGUGAACUGGAAAUUCGUCUCAUGGCUUUGCUAUAGCCAGAUUUUCCCAGCCGGAAAGAUCCACAUUGUACAUUUUUCUUUUCAUUUCCUCUUUUUAAGCAUAGUUGGGUUUUCUCUUAUAGUUCACAGUAUCCUGAUUCCUGAGUGAUUCAUAAUAAGUUGCAUUGUCCCUUAUGCAACCAGAAUAUGAACACAAAGACAGAAAAUUUUUCAAUGUAGAAUGUAAAAUAUUCUGAAGGAUUGUUUGAGAGUGUGCAAGAACAGUUAAACAGCUCUUGCUUAUAAUUCUGCUCUUCGCUGAUCAACUUUAUUUGAUAUGAUGUCGUAAAGUUUGCAGGCUCCUUCAUUGCAUUGCGUUGCAUUGUAUUCCACCACUUGUUUUGAUCCUGUUUCCAUGCAUAGCAAACACUGCUGAAUAGGCCAUUCAAGCUCUGAAUCCAAUAUUUCCUCCAUCACCUUCAAAAGUGUGGCUCAACUCAAUUCAUUUUUGCAACAAAGUCCUCUAUUGGUUCAAUUGCUUGUUUUUUGAACCAUUUAAUAUAGAUAAUGAAAUAAACUCUUUUGAAAGCUAA